GGGAAUCUUUGAAAUCGUAAUUUGGAUCACCUUGAUGUCUCUUUCCUUCUUUGAGUUGUCCAUGGACGAGCUGUUUAGGAUUCUUUCGUGAGGCAUUCUGAGCACAGGACCUGCCCACCUGAGUUGACAUUUGAAAAGACAACCUAAGGCUGCUAUUUCCAUCGUGAGACAAGACUUUUAGAUUUGUGUCAGGAACCACAUCUUCCCAUCUAAAAGAGCUGAUCUGAUGAUGACACCUCAUAUAUUGAAGGAGAUAUCUCUGAAGAUCUUAAUCUAGCUGGUAACUGCAGUGAAGAUGCAUCAAUAAUAGACCGUCUACAGUUUGAGCUAUUAAAGUGCAAAGCAGAACUUGCCAGUGAUGAAGACAUUUUUGUGGAUAAAGUGCAUGAAAUUACAAAACUUAGCCAGCAAUUAGCGGACAACGAAAUGAUAAUUGAAAGAAUGAGAUGUAAAGUUGAUGAACUUACGGAAAGAUGUCAAGAACGAGAGCAUGAGAUUGAAGGACAGAGAAAUGAGUUGACUAUACAACAAGAGCAGAUUUUGUCUCAGCAGUUGCUUCUUCAACAACAAGAGCAGACAGUACUGUUGAAAGAACGAGAACUUCUUGAGCAGAAAGAGCAAGUUCAUGAUAUGUCAAAGCAAGCACAGCAGACAAAGGAGUCAGCAAAAAUGAGGAUAGCAAGUGUUCAGACAUCAGCAUCAUUAGAAUUUUCAAGCAAAAGUCAACAGAAUGAGACAAACAUGUUGUAUCGCCCUUGGACUGCACCUCAUACAGAUCCUCCUGAGGCGGUUGUUCAAGAAUUUCGCACUCAGAGUCGGUUACUAUUAGCUCGUUUGGAAGAGCAGGAUCAGGUACAGACACCAGUCUUUAGCGAUUCUGAUCUAGAUGAUGACAAAGUUUCUUCAGAAAGCAAGAAAUUAGGUGAGACAGUGGUUCUACGACGAGGUGCUCAGCCAGUUGCUGAUGUGUAUCUCGACAGUCAAACUGAUCCUGGUGCUGUUGAUAUUCUGAACACAAGUAUAGUUGACUCACAAUCAGAUCUAAAACAAACACAAUACAAAUACCAAGAUGCAAUGACUAAGUUGAGAGAUUUACAGCUUGGCAUUCGGUUGAAAGAAGAAUUGAUUAGAGAACUUGUGCAGAGCAGCAAGCAAACUGAUGACAUCAAUUGUCAGUAUUUAGAAAAAGUUAAAGAAAUGGAGAGGGAAGUUGAAGAGUCACAAGCAGGUCUAGAGCAGAUGAAGAAAAAGUUAGAAGAGUAUGAGAGAUUAGCAGACAAGACAUCAGUUCAACAUCUUCGAAGUGAGUACAAACAAAAGCUUGUGAGUUUACAACAGAAAGUUGAUACAUUGCAACAGCAACAAAAAAGUUCUCGGCAAAUGUCAGCAAUUCAGGAAGUCAGUGAGAAAAAGUUGUUGGCUGUUGAGGCAAAUCUUGGUCGCAUGAAGAAUGCGCAAGAAGCACUGAAACACAAGUUGAAGAAGGUGGCUGAAGAGAAAUUAACUAUACAACGUGAGUUGGAGAGAUACCAGCAGCAGGUGAGUGCUUUAGAGAAAAAAGCAGAAAAACAGCAACUCGUUCUGAAAGAGAAAACUCGUGAAGCAGUGUCUGCUGGUAGACGACUUCGAAAUCAAACAUUAACCCAAGUGGACAAGUCAAACAGAGAAGCUGGCAAGCUGGAGCUUGAAGUGAAAUUGGCUGAGAAACAACAGUGGCUUGAUGCAGAAGUUAAUUCUCUUCUGAAAGAACGAAGUGACGUGCAAGCUCUUCAGGAGGACUUGGCAAGACGGGAGAAGCUGGUUCAAGAACGAGAAGCCAUGUUGGCUGAGCGAAAUGCUCUUGAAAUGCGAAUACUGCGAUCAAGUCAGAUUGUGUCUAAGGAUGUGUUGCGUAUCUCUACUCAUUUACAAUCUGUAGAAUCUAGUAUCACUUGCAAAAAGCAAGAGUUGAAAUUAUUGACAAAUGGAGACACAACAACAGCAAACGAGAAUGUUAAAAUGGUGAAAAGGGCUCUUAAAAAUCUGCAACAAGAGAGGGAGAAAGCAAUUGAAGCUUCACGACAGCUUGAAACUACGCUGAGUGAUCCACAAAAUGAGAGAAGAAUGAUGGCUCUGGAAGAAGCAAUAGAGGCACUUGAUGGAAUGUUGGAGUAUCAGGAUCAAUCAAUAUCAGAAAAAGAGAGUGGCAUGGAUGAAAGUGCACUUGGCUGUGAAGUACAGGUUCCAUCUGACUACAUCAUGUCACAACUGAAGGACUUGUCUGCAGCAGAUGCUCAGCAGCUGUUGGGAGUUUAUUUUGAAAAGGUUGUCUUGCUUAGAGAAGAAACUAGGAAAAAGGAUACUUUAUGUAAAGAGCUACAGCUGACAAUUGGAGAAAGAGAACAGACAAUUAGAGACUUGGAAAUAGCAGUUCAGGAGACUUCAGCAAGUGCUGAAAGACGAAUUACACAACAAGAAAAAGAAAGUGAGCAAAGGGUGCAAUUUCUUGUGCAGCAGUUGGCUGAUGCAACAUCGAAUAAUAAUCAAGCACAUCAGCAAAAUGCUACAAACAAAAUUCAGCAGCUGGAGAAAGAUCUCUAUUAUUACAAAACAACCAGUCGAGAACUAAAGAGACGUCUUCGAGAAGCAUCAAACAGUCAAGACAUUCAACCAGGAAAGGAAUCACCACUGAAUGGUGGAAGUUUGUCAGAGAAGUCGUCCCUGCGCAAGACUCGCAGAGAACUUCGUCAGCUGAGCUCAUCUGAGAUUGCCGCAAGGUCUAGUGCAACAGAGCAGAAUAGAGAUCAAUGAUUGUGAGUUGACAUAAAUGAAAUAUACGUUUAUUUGACGAUGUUAGAGCUUACCUUUGGUACAUUCUGUGUUCACUAUAGUCAAGUUAAAUCCGUUAUAUAUUAAUUAUAUCAGUAUUAUUAUUAAGUAAUGUAGU